GUUCUUCUUGAUGUACACGUUCCUCGAGCAGUCGUUGGUGCUGAAGGCGUGGUGGAAGGCACGGACCUGGGCGAGACAAGGGGUGUCCCUGCAGCAUGGCGGUGAAGUGGGACGGCGGGCAUUCCUCCUCGGUGCUGUGCCUGGACUCGAGCGCGGAAGGGCUGGUGGCCUCCGGCGCGGAGCGGGGCGAGCUGGCGCUCUGGGAUGGGGGCGGCUCGCCCGUGGCUCAGCUGCGGCUCCCGCAGGAGCAGGACGUGACCUCGGUGGUGUUCUCCGCCCGCCGCCCCAGCACGCUGUACACCUCGCACGGAGAAACCAUCAGCGUGCUGGAUGUCCGCUCCCUCCAGGAGCCCCUGCAGCGCUUCCAGGUGAACGAGGAGGAGAUCAAUUGCCUGGCUGUGAACGACACCGACAGCUCCCUGGCGGCGGCCGAUGACUCGGGGGCCAUAAAGGUUGUGGACUUGGAAAGCAAGAAAGUCAGCCGGUCCUUGAGACACUCCAACAUCUGCUCGUCUGUUGCCUUCCGACCUCAGCGGCCUCAAAGCCUGGUUUCCUGCGGGCUGGACAUGCAGGUGAUGCUGUGGAACCUGCAGAAAGCUCGUCCCUUGUGGACCAUGAACCUGCAGGAGUGUGACAUGGAGGAAGAGAGCUCUCAGUCAGCUGGGCAGUUCUUCAACCCACCUCUUGCACAUUCCCUGUCCGUUGCCUCUUGUGGAAACAUCUUCGGCUGUGGAGCUCAGGACGGUAAAAUCAGAAUAUUCCGAGUCACUGGGGUCAGGUUUGAACGUGAGCUGGAGUUCCAGGCUCACAGCUUGGGAGUCUCACAGGUGCUCUUCAUGCCAGAGGCGUACUGGUUGUUGUCUGGAGGAAAUGAUGGGAAAGUCUUGCUGUGGGAUGUCAGCAGCAAUGUUGGGAAGCAGCAGAAAAGUCCAGCAAAAUCUCUGCACAGGAAGAUGGCCCAAGCAGCUGCUUCCAGCAGGAAGGAUGGGAAGCUCAACAAAGUGGCCUCAAAUGAACAGCCUGGAGUUGUGCCAAAGCUCAGCAUUGAGCACGGAGAGAAGGUGAACUGGCUCUCAUGUGCAGAGAUCAAAGGCUCCAGGAGAGUGUUGGUUGCUGACCAGACCAGCUCUAUAUCAGUCUAUGCAUUGCCAGAACCUUAAGGCACCUAUAAGGUGCCUUAAAAACACUUGAAGUGUUUACAGAAGUUUGGGGGAUAAAACCACUUCUCAGAGCCAGUUCCAUCCACUGACAGUGAACUGGACAGUGAACCCCUCUGGCUCACUGGGAAGGGGAAGGGAUUUGCUGUGCACUGGUGGUGUCCCUGGCCUGGUGCUGGUUCUUUGUGGCUGUUAUGUUCACAGCCACUAUCUCAUGCAGGGUUGGCAGUUUGCUGCUUGAAUUUCAGCAAAACGGGUCUCUGUCUUUAGGGGUAACAUUAGUUCAUGACUAAGCUGACGUAAUUAUGCUGGAGGAGAAAAUUAGUGCUAAGGAGACACCCACAAUGCUGAGUGAGGCUGCUGAACAGAAGCAGGGCUGUCACUGGCUCAGCUCUAUGUGGUUUGGGCUGCUGCAGUGCUCUGUGUGACUUUUCUCAUGAAGCUGUGUCCCAGUUGGCUUAAACUGGUCAUGGUGGAAUCUGGUUUUCAUCACUCUGUCAGCAGCUGCAUAGACUAGAGAUGCAUCAAUUAACGAGUAAUCAAAUGAGUUUCCCUGUGGUUGCCAAUUUUUUCACUGCAGCAAAAGAAGGAGCAGGGGAACUGUUACACCUGUUUGGUGGGUCAGCAGUCAGUUGUGUACCCCAGGGAAACAGAACUAUUUCACUUGUCUUAAUAAAUGCUUUCUCUCUCAGUGUUCUCUUGUCCUUAGACUCUUUCUAAUAGUGCCAGACUCACACAAAAUUGUGUCAAAAAGUGUAUUGUACCCCCAUCAUGGGGGAAUAGGAAGGGCCAAAGGCACAGCUUCUCCUUACCCAAAUACUUCCUGUCUUCCCAAAGCUUUGAAGCACAAUGAGCAGAAUUUGGCUUGCUAGAAGCUUCCUUUCAUUUGCAAAUUGAAGGUAGGAAU